AUGCGGUUCACAGCUCGGGAUGUGACGCAGAGGCUUUUCCUCCAUCGUGGCCGUAACGUUGAAGCGAAUCAGGUACCGCUUUUGUUUCAGAAGUACAAGAAAAAAGAUGAGCAGUUUCGCUGGAAAAUUGAAAAAAAAAAACUCAAAACAGAGUAGGCUAAAAAAUGUUAACAUAAGUUCGACGAUAGUGCCCAGAAGGAAACACCCAGCCGUUAGAAAUAUAUCUAACUCAUUACAUUUCAAUUUUUUUAUUUAGUCGUUAUCACAUGAAGAAAAAAAUUUACCCCAUUUGCGAAAAAUUUUCGAGUGCAUUCUGUUUCUUAACUGAUAACUGGUUUUCAAAGCUUUAAAUAACUCAAAAAUAUGGUUUCUUUAUCAACGAUUUUCACCUUGUUCAAAUUUUUUUCAGAUAUUUUUAGAAGACGCAACUGGAGCGAGGAGCGCAGUUCAAAAGGGAGCGUAUGAUUCAACGGUUCGUCUUAACUUUUAAAGCGGGAAAUUCAGAAAAAUUAAAAAAAUAUGGAUAACCCGAAAAUUUAUUUCACUUUGCCAAAAAAACAUAUACAAGAUUUUUGAUAUUUUCAGAACGAAAUACAAGCUUUCAUCCCGCUUAUGAACCUCACAAAAAACAGCUCCUACGACCUGAGCAUGAACUUCGUCGGGACAAUAGGCCUCAGUGGGGGUCCUAGGCAGCUCCAAUAUACUACGCCGCAAAAUGAAACAAGGUGAUCAUACUUUUUCAGAGAGGAAAUACCUUUUUUCAUUUCCAGAACCUCAAUCACAUUCUGCUCGGAAAAAGGGGCAACCAAUGGAUUACGGAGCUUGAUUCCAUGCUUAGAUGGAGCAGACUAUCCAGCUGAGUUCAACAUCUUGAUUCAGUACAAUCAGCCUUUCACAGCUUUUUCCAAUUUUCGAAGGACUUACCAACAGUUUGUGGAAUAUUUUAUUUCUACAGACAAGUUGAAGUUCAGAACUUCUAACUUGAAUUCUUCACUUUCGAGCAGUUAUUUCAACUCGACUUUCGCCUUGAAUCCUGCCGAUAUUGCCUUUGCUCUCGUUGAGCUCAAGCCCCAAACAACUGUCGUCAAUGGCAAUAUAACUGUAUGUUUCCAAAGACUUGAGAAAAAAGUUUGCCAAAAAAUCGUCUUUUUAUUAAAAGCAAAUGAUCGACGUACGGAAUGAAUUUCGCAGUAUCUGAAGUGUUUUUUUUUGAUUUUUAGUGGGCUUUUGGACUACAAUACUUAUUCUCGUCAUAGAUUUGGAAUUCUACUUAUUUUCGAAAAUCCCUUGAAAUUUUAGCGACUUGACUAAAACUUUUUUUUUAUUUUUCGUCAUAGCUUUGUUAAUCUUUGGACGUAUCAAGUCAAGCGUAUUCAAUUUGCUUUUUUUAGGGGUUUGCUACUUUUGAAAAGCAAGGAAAAUUUAAAGUUUUUGCUAAGUAGUAAAGCUCAGCUAUUAUAUUGAAACAUCUUCAUUUCAUCCAAAAUGUUUCAGAUCAGCCUCUACUAUCGUCAAAAAAUCCUACAAAGCAUUUCAAUCGACAGAGUUUUGCAGUUCAUGAACGAUAAAAGCUUCAACAUUGGAAAACUAGGUAUAAAAAGAGCGGAAACUUCGCAAUUUAAGGAAUUUAUAGAUGUUUUAUCUCUACCGGAGUUGGACACAGCCCAAGUCCCAGGCGUCUCUUUUCUGAAUGAAGAUUCCGUCCGGCAAGAAAACAUCGACCUGGGAGUCACCAGUCCCUAG